GAAUAUUCCCUAGAAAUGAUCGCCGGUGAGAGUGAUCGCUGGCAAGAGAUGAAGUGGUCGCUGGCGGGUGUUCGGUGUGUUCCAGCCUGGCCCCGGGAACUGGUCGCUGGGAGGCGGUGGCCGCCAGCGACCUCCAUCAGAAAGCAGCAAAACAGAAGCAGCAGCAGCAGCUCGAAUGCUUCCCACCAGCUCUCCACCAUGAUUAUACGCAUACAGUCACCCGAGGGCACCAAACGAGUGGAAACAAAACCAACAGAUUCCACAAAGACUUUGUACGAAAAAGUCCGUACAACAUUUAAUUUGUCAAGCUCCGGUUUUGCUUUGUAUCUUGGCCGUGAAAAAAAAAAUGAAUUACUUUCGUCUCCUCGGAAAACCCUUAAAGGAUACAAAUUGAAUCAUGGGGAUAUGAUUUAUCUUCACUUUGCAAAUGAUGGUGGUGGAUGUAGUAAUGUGUCAACAGCAGACAGAAAGACUAGCAGCAGCCAGGAUAGUGGGAAGGUAAUUGUGCCUGUUCCAACACAGCAAGUGGCAUCCAGCAUUAAGAGCUUGGUGGAAGAAGACGAAGUAGACCAGAUUCUGGCCAAAGAGGAUGGCAAAAUUGCUAGAAAAAUAAAUCCUCAAUUAUGUCGUCAUGGUGCGAAUAGUAAAUGCGUUCACUGUAUUCCUUUGGAUCCCUGGGACGAAAAUUACUUGAAGGAACAGAACAUUAAGCACCUUUCAUUUAAUUCAUAUUUAAGAAAGCUCACUUCUGGUGUGGACAAGGGAAAGUUUGUUGUACUAGAUGAUAUCAGCUGUAAAAUCAAGAGUGGAUGUAAAGAUCAUUCUCCUUGGCCAAAAGGAAUUUGUUCCAAGUGCCAGCCCUCUGCUAUUACUCUAAAUCGACAAUCAUACCGCCAUGUGGAUAAUGUUAUGUUUGAAAACCCUAACCUAGUAGAGCGCUUUCUCAAUUACUGGCGAGUUACAGGACAUCAACGUGUGGGCUUUUUGUAUGGCCAUUAUGAGCCUCACUUAGAUGUACCACUGGGAAUUAAGGCCACUGUAGCAGCUGUUUAUGAGCCACCUCAAGAAGGAUCCAGAGAUCAUGUGAAACUUUUACCUGAUCCAAAGAAGGAAAUUGUUGAUGAAGUUGCCAAAGGCCUAGGACUAAUGUGUGUGGGUUGGAUUUUCACGGAUCUCGUUCCCCUUGAUUCAAACAAUGGGACAGUACGAUACCUCCGGCAUGCAGAUACUUACUUUCUCUCCGCACACGAAGUUAUCACAGCUGCUCACUUACAGACACUUCACCCUAACCCCUGCAGGCUGUCAUGCGAGGGCAAAUAUGGUUCAAAAUUUGUCACAGUCAUAGUAACAGGGGACAAGAACAACCAGGUGCACAUGGAAGGCUAUCAAGUAAGCAAUCAGUGUCAGUCUGUGGUGAGGGACAAGUGCCUCAUACCUACCAAAGAUGCUCCAGAGCUGGCAUAUAUUCGUGAAUCUUCUUCAGAGCAGUACGUCCCGGAUGUUUACUUCAAGGAAAAAGACCAGUACAACAAUGAAGUAGUGCGUUUAGGUCGACCUCUACCUGUGGAAUAUCUGCUCUUGGAUUGUCCAGUGUCUACUCCCAAUGACCCAAUUUACACAUUUGCUGUUAAUGAAACAAGUUUUCCUGUAUCAAACAGAAUGGUGGAGGGGCACCUACAAGAUUUCACAGCAUUAGCUACAUAUCUCAAAAAAUUUACAAAUGACCAGUUUUUAGAAGCUGUUUCAGAUCUUCAUGUACUUGUAUACAUUGCAACAAUGGACAUGUUACCGCUCAGGGAGUAUAUUGGACCCUUACUUGAAGCCGUGAAAAAACGUGACCGUGCAGCAGCAUUAGAAUGGAAGCAGUCUGGACAUUGGGCUACUGUGGAACAGUUGGUAAUGGCAUCAGGUGGGGAAGGUACUGUGGUUGGAGGUGAGACAGAUACCACAGGUAGAGGCUCAAGUGUUCAACCCUCCACAUCAUCAUCCUCAUGGACAUGUCAACACUGCACCUUCAUUAAUCAGACAGCAAGUGAAAACUGUGAUAUGUGCCAUCUUCCACAGUGAAUUGGUAACUGUUUUUCAGUGCUGAUGCUGAUAUUCAGUGUCUUGUGUGUCCUAGACAAAUUCCUAGUAGAUUUGUUAAUGGUGAAACAAGCUCACAUUCUUUACCAAACCAACAGGAAUAUCUCAUAUGUAUUUACAGUAUUUGCUUGUAUUAUAUCAAGCACUGUAAUGCAUCCACAGAAGAGUGUAUUCAGGUUUUAUUGACUUGGUUGUAAAUGGUUUAAAUCCUUAAUAUAGCAACUGUUGAGCUAAGCUUAAUGUUCUCACAAUGACCGUCUGAUGUAAGAAUUCCGUUGAGAAUAUUUAGCCCAUUUUCGUAAAGUUAGCUAAAUUUUUAUGCUGCAGGAAAACACAUUGUGCUCUUAUUAAAUCAUAGAUUUUUGUUCCUGGAAAAUUUCCAGUACCUUUCAAACUGAGAAACAUAAAAAACAAAAGAAAAAAAGUAUUGCCAUUUUCAACCAUGAAGGUUACUUAUUAACUUCAUUUUUGGCACACUUUGUAAUAAAAUAUUUUUGUUUAAAAGAAAAGUAAAAUUGUUAUAUAAUUAGGUAGGUUGGUUGAUUAAAAAUUCCUUAAUGGUUUUUAUUAAGGUUAUCUUAAAGUGUAGUCCAUGUAGAGGGGAGAAUUUAAAAAAUAGUGUGCCUUGUGUACAUUUUUGAUAAGAUUACAUUUGUUUAAGCAGCAAGUUAUUGAAGCAUAUAGCUUCAUAUUAGCGCAACUUUAUCAUUAUUUUUAUAAUGCAAUAGUUUACUGUUUCUUAUGAAACAGUUUUUCAGUUCCAUUUGUUUCCAUUGUCUGCAACACAGAUGUUGAAGUCAUUACUGAUAGUCUACUUGGGUAGCAGAUUUUGUAUAUACUACUAUGGUUUGACUGCAGAAAAUGGCAUGUAUGAAAUGCAUUAGAAAAGGACAUUUGUUAAGUUUUAUAAUCUUUGAAAUCUAGCACAAACUUUUUAUUUCUGGGAGAAAAUUCUCCACAUAAAGCUUUCAUCCAACUUGAGGUGUCCAUUAUAGUACUGAUUCUGGUAUGUAUUACGAGCAGCAUUUCCCUAUCUUAGUAUUGUCAGUUGAAGAUCUUUGAUCUCUCACUAUUGACUGUAGUGAACCUGAUGGGUUAACUUGAGAGAGAUUCAUAAUAAAAUUUCAUAUGAUAUGCAGGGAAUGGUGAACAUGAUCUCAAGUGGUCAUGCACUAGGUUGAACCCUUUGUGCUUUGGGUGUAACAGCAGCAUAACAGUGCAUGUGUAUGUGGGGAGUUUUUAUAAAAGAUAUUUUUUAUCUGGUUAUUUAAUUUUAUUGUAGUGAAAAGUUUGACAUAGGCAUUUCAUAAUCAUUGCUGUUACUCUGUGACCCUUUGUAAAAGCACCCAUGUUUACUGAAAAUACCAAGGAUAAUUUAAUUGGUGCAUAACAAUCAGGUGUCAGAGGCUAUUCCAAAGAAAAGUGGAAUUAACCUAACUAUAAACUUCACAUUAAAACUCAUUAUUUAGUAAUUGGUAUAUCUGUUACCAGUGUGCAGUUAACAUUGUUUCCUAUAAAAUGGGUUGAAAUGAAAGUGCAGUUAAAAUUGCAUUGAAUUUAGUUGUAUGCUGUUGAAGGUAGCAAUCCCAUAUAUUUUUGCUUCUCUUAUUAGAAGUGAAUUUUAAUUGGUUAAAAGUUAAAGUACCUAGGUCAAAUUUUUUUCAGGGUUUAUUUAGUGUUGUUGCUUUGAUAGCACACAACAUUAGUGAGAUGAUGGUGGUAUAACAAGAGACGACACACUCCCGAUGUGAGCCUUACUCAUGACCACUUUUUUGCACCUGCUGUUGCUAGCUUGUACAGAACCCAUUGUGGUCAAGUAGCUUAUUAAUAAAAUAAAUGAAAUUGA